UUAAAGGACAAGUCCACCCCAGAAUCAAAAUUUCAUAAUAUUUUCUUUAAAAAUCAUUGAUUCAAACAAAACAAAAAUCUUGCUUUAACUCUCAACGGUUGCUGCAUGGUUAUUUUUUGAAAUUUUGUUUUUUUUGAGCGAAACAAUUAUAUUUCCAUCACGAUUCUGAUUUGAUCACGUGGUAGUAUGACGUAUACCACUCACAUUAUUUUUUGUGUUACUGCGCAUGACCGUCUCUGUGUGCGAACCGCGGGCCCGGGAAGCGGUGCUCCCUCGCCGUCGAUGCCUUCAUCUUCCUCUUGCAGCCGAAAAACCCAUCAUGCCGAUGUGCCAAGCUUUUGGCUGCUCGAAAAAGCAGGGAGAACAUCCGAAUCACAGUUUCUUUUCGAUUCCAAAUCCCGUUACUGAUCGAGAAAGGUGUGCAAAAUGGUUACACAAUAUUGGGACAGACAAAUUCAACGUGAAAACUUAUAAAUAUGUGCAAAGUAGAGUUGUAUGCGAGGAUCAUUUUGAGCCGCAUUGCUUUCAAGAAGAUAUACGAGCGAAAGUUAUGGGAUAUACCUCCAAAAGGAAGUUGUUGAAGCCUGACGCCGUACCGACUUUGUUUGUCCAUCGGCCAAUUCCUACUCCUGAAAGGGCUUCUACCAAACGCCGUUACCAAGAAUUGUCAAGAAAAGAGAUCCUACAGAGCAUUCCAUCAACUUCCCAGAAUGUUGAAAUCGACCAAGACUUGACAAGUGAUCGUGGUCAUGAUGCUGAUAUAUCUGAUCAGACGGAUCAGCAAGACAGUGACCUGUCAGAUAUGGUUCUAUCUGAAGGCCCAGAGCCUUAUGCGUUUAUGACAGUAACAACAGAACCUGAGGUACUUGUAAAGAGAAAAAGCACUGUUUUGGAUGACACCCCAAGAAAAAAAAAGAGGAAGAGACGGCGAAGUGGCCAAGGAAACCAGGAGGAAAGUACAUGUAAGUGGGUGGUGGACCACGCAACGCAAACUUUCGAUAUAAAUCGAUACCGUAAAUUUACAAGUACCAAGGUCCAGACUGAUCCAGAUUGCUAUGACUGUGGUAUUCAAGUACCAGAACUGGAAUCAAAGAUGGAACCAGAAUUUGAAGUGGAAGUGGAAGAAGUGGAAGUGAUGACAUCUCCACUUUUAGACCAUGAACAUUAUACAUACACAGCCGGUACACCUAAUAGAGUGGAAAUGCUCAAGGUAGGAAACAUCCAAGAAAGACCACCAAGCCCUCAUAAUCCUGCAAUUGUGCUGACUCCUACAUGUAUGACAUCAUCAUCUGAGAGUGUGCCUGUACCUGUGAUGUCCUCAAGCAAUGAAGAGUUAUCCAUUUGUGUACCUGCUGUCUCACGUUUAGUGCCAACCUCAGUGGCUAAGAGAUCUGCUGCUGCACCAAUAAGCAGUGAUUCUGAUGUACUGCAUACCGGACAUACUUUGAGACAAGCUGCAUGGAAGGGCAAGAACGCAACUGACUCAGAUUUCUCCCCACCUCGAGCUUCACAUCGGAGUAGUUCGAGUCCAACACCACCAUCAUCUGAUUCGACUUCAGGAUCAAACAGAGACCAAUCAUGCGUUUCAUUGCCCAAGCAAGCUGCAUGGAAGGGCAAGAACACAACUGACUCAGAUUUCUCCCCACCUCGAGCUCCACAUCGGAGGAGUAGUUCGAGUCCAACACCACCAUCAUCUGAUUCAGCUUCAGGAUCAAACAAAGACCCUUCAUACAUUCCAUCACCUCAAGCAAGUUCCAGCUCAGACCCAGAUGAGGAAACGUGGAUGAAAUACUGUACAGACCCUAAAUAUAUUGUAUUUGGGUCUCAGUUGGAUCGUCUUCUGCAUUCACUACAGUGUACCAAGUGUAGCGGUGGGCACAUCUCGGAAAUCCAGAAGAAAGUACAGGGAUCAAUGCUCACGGCAACCGUUUUGUGUGUGUGUGGCAAUAUUGUCACACGGUGGGAGUCCCAUCCUGUAAUUGGAUCGGCGUCUGUAGGGAAUUUAUUGUGUUCGUCGAGUGCACUUUUUAGUGGCUUAUCUUUUGAGAGUUUAGAUUUCUUCUCUUCAGUGCUUAACAUGGAGUUUGUAGGUCGCACCCAGUUUUUUGACUACCAGGAUAAGUACUUUAAUGCUGCAAUCAACUCUGCAUUCAAGAGCAACUUGUCUGAAGCAAGAAUUGAAGUAAGCAAUAGUGGUGCUCCACUCACCGUUUGUGGUGACGGACGAUGUGAUAGUCCUGGUUAUAACGCCAAAUACUGUAGCUACACGAUGAUGGAGGCCAAAACCUCAAAGAUAGUAGCGAUGAAUCUGGUCCAAGUGAGCGAAGCCACAAGUUCCAACGCCAUGGAAAAGAUUGGGUUUCAGAGAGCAUUGGAUGGGCUGCUGGAGGCAGGACUAAAUAUUGGAACUGUAGCCACAGAUCGCCAUCUUGGAAUUAGGAAACUUAUGAAAGAGAGAUACCCAAACAUCGACCACCAAUAUGACGUUUGGCAUGUUAAGAAGUCUGUUACGAAGAAACUAGUCGCAAAGACUAAGCAUAAAGAAUGUGGAGACUUGCUCCCAUGGACCAAGUGCAUCACUACCCACCUGUGGUGGUGUGCAGCUAACUGCCGGGAGGAUCGAGAGAUGAUUGUCGAAAUGUGGCAAUCGCUGACGCACCACAUUUGCGAUGUGCAUUCGUGGAAUUCCGCUGAUAAGUAUCACCGAUGUGCCCAUGAUGAGCUUGACCCCCAACGAAAAUUCAAGUGGCUGACUCCAGGUUCUGCUGCGCAUAAAGCCCUACAAGAAAUCUUGUUUGACAAGAAUUUGACAGAUGCAAUUGGUCACAUAACCAAAGCAUGCCACACAGGCGAACUCGAAUCUUUCCACAAUAUGCUGUUGAAGUACUGUCCUAAGCGUAAGCAUUACCAUUACGCUGGUAUGCAGGCAAGGUUACAGCUUGCAGUGCUGGACCACAACCAUAACACUGCAAGGAAGCCAGCAGUCAUCAAAAAGGGACCAAGGAAGGGAGAACAGAAGGUUGCUUUAAAGUACUCAAAACGCACCAAGGAAUGGGUAGCGAAAUUGAUGAAAGAGAAGAAAGACUAUUCCUACCUCGUGGAAAUCCUGGAGAAUAUCUUGAAGAUGAGAAGUGGAGAAAUUGAAGUGGAAACAGUGGUACUGCCUGAACUUCCAAAGAAUGUGGCACCAACGCCACGUCCAUCAAAGGAAGAAGUGAUGGCUCGCAAAUAUACUAGAUUUUGAAUAAAUGGUUUAAGGACUUUCAAUUAUCUCCAGGAAGUCUACAUGUAGCGUGAUUGUCCCUCUGGAGUUGAUUGUUAUCUGUAUGGUCAAUAUUCAUUGAGUAAUGGAAGGAUUUUGUUUUUUUGUAAGCAUGAGAAUUUAAGAAUUAUUUUGAAUGAAAGAUGUACCUCUGCUGGUUGUACCUGGUUUUUUAUCUGCUUUAAUAUACAUGUACAUGUAUAUGCAGCUCUAUCAAUACUUUUUGAAGUCAAUGUAUUGAAACAAACAAAUGUAAAUGUUUUCAUUAUCUACCAUAUCAUUGUGCUAUCCAUGAAUAAUUGCCCUUAAACAGCAUUAUGUUAUCAUUUGGGAAAGCAUUGUAGCUUGGUUGAAAUGUAUGUUGCAAGACAAAUCUACAUGUACAAGACAAAACACUACUGUUACAUAACAAUAAUACAGUACAUGUAACUUAAAUCUGAUCUGUGUUUUAUUGUACAUGUAGUUCAGCAGUGUCAUGAAAAUAAGUUGUGGAGGCACCUUUUUUCUUUCAUUACAUGUUAGAGUUAAAGCUACAUGUAUCUAGAACAAGAGGAAUGGUUGAUGUGAUAUACCAAAAUUUAAGAGACUCACUUUCACAAUUGUUUUCACGUCGGAGGCAUUAUCUCUCUUUACCUUUCCUUCUUGUUCUCGUAAUAACUCAAGAAUCAUUUGACAGAUUGACAUCAUAUUUGUAUCAUUUAUGCACAUUGGACAAUGAUUAUAUUUGCAUAUAUAUAGGUGUUAUAUUAUGGUUAUCUGAAAAGCUUUGCAGGUCACAAGAUGAAAUGUCACAGAGAUCAUUAUAUCUCUUGAAAUGUUUUGUGCUUGUGACACUUGUUACACCUCAUUAACCAUUCUCGGAUUUAACAAGUACAUUGUAAGUACAUGUAUGUUUACUUAGUUGACAGUGGUCUCCUUAGUUUGGAGUUACAGAGAUCAAAGUGCACAGAGUUCUUACAUCUUCAAAUACAUCAGUCAUGAUAAUUCAAGAACUUCUUGCAGAACUUCAAACUCAUAAUGCAUGUAGUAAUUACAAUAAUCUGUUUGGUUUUUUUAAUGGCUUGUUUGUGUAAAUAUGAUUUAAUCUUCAGUUAAUUAUUUUUAAUACACCGCAAUAUGUGAAUGUAUACAAAAAGAAAAUUUGUUUAUAAAUGAUUAUGCAAUGCCAGUUCAAGUCCUACUGUACAUGAUGAUGAAACAAGUUUUCUUUUUUAGAGGCCAAGGUGCUUUGUGGCUAUGAAUCCAUUGUAAAAUUAAAUGCCUUAACUUACGUAGCCUUAACUUACGUAGGCUUAACCAAUCCUGACACUUACGCAGUAACCUCUUUGGCUUUGGAAAUUAUUAGAUGGGCUAUUUCUCCAAUGUAUGAACAUAUUUGAUGUUUAAAGAUAGUUGUACAUAUUCAUUAUUGGAUUUAGCAUGUGACAUCAGCAUUUGAUGUGUAAAGAUAGUUGUACAUAUUCAUUAUUGGAUUUAGCAUGUGACAUCAGCAUUUGAUCUGUAAAGAUAGUUGUACAUAUUCAUUAUUGGAUUUAGCACGUGACAUCAGCAUUUGAUCUGUUUUUCUCAGCAUGUAGUGCAUCUAUGAAAUGAUAGAAAUUGUGAAGAAUUGUAAUUGUCUCACACAUGUACUUUUAACCCUAAUUCUCGGGGGGGGGGGUGGGGGGGGGGUGCCGUAAUGCCCCCCCCUUGACAGUUUUCGCGAUAUAUCUGCUGCGCAAAAUUUUUCGACCUCACCGCUUACUGACUUUUUCCUGUCAAGUCUCGCACCAAUUUUGAGACCAAAUUUGUGACGCUCGGGUAAGCAGUUAUGACAUUACGCAACAUUAUGUAACUGCAUGUCAGACCCAAAAUUGCUCAUAAACGUGAUUUCAUGUACAAAUUCAAUGCAAAUUGUGUAUUUAGCUAAAAUUCAUAAAUGCAUCAUUAUUUCUACUUUUACUGAUUAAACUUCAUUAAUUUUGCCUUGUUUAUUAAACUAAAAAAAACAAAAAGUAAAAAACAUCCGUCCAGACAUUCAGCAUCUCAUUAACUGAAUUAAAGGACAGACAUAAAGUUGGUCGCUUACAUGUAUGAACAUGUACAUGUAGAAUGCAAAAGAUGUAAAUAGUUAUUAAUGUGUUUAUGAGUAGAGAUUAUUUUUUAAAUGUUUUCUGCAUUCCAGAUAUUGUAAAUAUUGUACAAUAUGUACAUGUAACACUGGAGGUGAUCAACUGAAUUAUCACUCAGUGAAUGAGAUGAUGUGUAUCUAUAUUCUUUUUUAAAUCAAACAUCUCCAGUAUAUUGCAGACUGGCAUUUCUCAAAGUGACAUUUUCAGAUACUACUACAAUGGCAAAAAUAUCUAAUAUGGGUGCAUGUAACAUUGAUACCACAUGCAGUAUGCAAAUAGAUGUAUGAAAUUUAAAUAAUCAUCCAAGUAUACAUGUACUGAAUAGGUUUCUCUGUGUGUAUUGAUUUUGGUAACAUUUAAAACUUUGCUCUUAUUGGCUCAAUAUCUGGACUAUUUUUUUUUUAACCAACAGGUUUAUCAAUUUUUCACCAUACAAACAUACAAAACAGGCUAUGUUUUCUUGCUAUAUUGUUUUAUUUAUUUUUAUGGGGUGGGUGUAUUGUUAGCUCUUUGGAACUGAUAUUUUGUUGAUAUUAGAUUUAUUGAUUCAAAGUUAAAUCUUCAUACAUUACAUAAUGGGUUUUAUCUGUCCUGUUUCCAGCAUGAAGCAAGAAUAUACAGUAGCAGAACAACAAAAUAUAAACAUUUUGCAAAUGAAAA